AUGAGAUCUUUUGCUUUCUUCACAUUGUUCAUUUCGUGCAUAUAUGCAUUAGCUAUUACACCACAGAAAAGAGGAGAAAGUGUACCAUGGAAUUAUGAGAAACAAAUCACGCGUGGAUUGAAUUUGGGUGGUUGGUUUGUUCUCGAGCCAUAUAUUACUCCAUCCUUGUUUGGUUCUUGGUUGUUUGGGGAUGAUGAAAACAAUAUUCCAGUCGAUGAAUACCACUUUACAAAGCAAUUGGGUAAAGAGUCUGCUAAACAGGUCUUGCAAAUGCAUUGGAACUCUUGGUAUACUGAAGCUGAUUUUGAACAGAUUAGCUAUUUGGGUAUCAACACUGUUCGUAUCCCAAUUGGAUACUGGGCUUUCCAAUUGUUGGACGAUGAUCCAUAUGUUCAAGGUCAAGUUGAAUAUUUGGACAAAGCAUUGCAAUGGGCCAGAAACCAUAAUCUUAAAGUGUGGAUUGACUUGCACGGUGCUCCAGGUUCACAAAAUGGUUUUGAUAAUUCUGGUUUAAGAGACACCUUGGACUGGCAAUCUGCUGACGGAAAUGUACAAGUUACAAAGGAUGUGUUGAACACCAUUUUUGAAAAGUAUGGGGGUGACAAUUAUGCUGAUGUUGUUAUUGGAAUUGAAUUGCUUAAUGAACCAUUGGGUCCAAGCUUGAAUGUUGAUGAGCUUAAACAAUUUUAUCAAGAUGGAUACAGUGCUUUGAGAUCUACGGGGUCCAAUAUCCCAGUUGUUAUUCAUGAUGCUUUUGAGGCUAUUGGCUACUGGGACGAUUUCUCCAUUGGUAGCAAUGCUUUUAAUGUUGUUUUGGACCACCACCAUUAUCAAGUCUUUUCUGCCAAAGAGUUGGAACGUGAUCUUGACGACCAUAUUUCAGUUGCUUGCAAUUGGGGUUGGGACACCAAGAAGGAAAGUUACUGGACUGUUGUUGGUGAGUGGUCAGCUGCUUUGACCGAUUGUGCCAAAUGGUUGAAUGGUGUUCGGAGAGGAGCACGUUAUGAGGGUCAAUACGACAACUCGCCGUAUAUUGGAUCUUGUCAACAAUACUUGCAGCUCGACAAUUGGCCAGAAGACUACAAAACCAGUGUUCGCAAGUAUAUUGAAGCACAAUUGGACGCAUUUGAGUACACUGGUGGAUGGAUCUUCUGGAACUGGAAGACCGAGGAUGCAAUCGAAUGGGAUUUCCAAAGGUUGACUGCUGCUGGUUUAUUUCCACAACCUUUGACUGACAGACAGUACCCUAACCAAUGUGGGUUCCCAGGUAACUAA